GUUAGGAGUUAUUGUUUAUGUGCCUGAUGGCCGAGGGGAAAAAACUGUUCAGGUGGCGGGAGGUGUGGGUCUGGAUGGACCGUAGUCUCCUGCCUGAGGGGGGAGGGGAGAAUAGUUUGUGUCAAGGAUGAGAAGAGUCAGCUGUGAUCCGACCCACACGCCUCCUGGUCCUGGAGGAGGACAGGUCCUGGAAGGAUGGGAGCUUGCAGCCAAUCACCUUCUCAGCAGCACGUACGAUGCGCUGCAGUCGAUGCUUAUCCUGGACUGUGGUGCUGGGGAACCACACGGUGAUGGAGGAGCUGCCGCAGGAAGUACAUCCUCUGUUGGGCCUUCUUGAUGAGGGAGCUGAUGGUCGGCUCCCACUUGAGGUCCUGGGUGAUGGUGGUGCCCAAGAACCAGAAGGAGUCCACAAUGGAGACGGGGGUGGGAGAGUCAAUCAGGCUCCAGGUUGUUAAGGCUGCACCAGGACACCAGCCGGUCCACCUCUCUCCUGUAGGCGGACUCAUCGCCAUCCGAGAUGAGCCCGAUGAGGGUAGCGUCAUCCGCAAACUUGAGCAGCUUUACGGACUGGUGACUGGAGGUGCAGCAGUUUGUAUACAGGGAGAAGAGCCAGGGGGAAAGUACACAGCCCUGUUAUUUUUACCAUUACUUACAGAUAAGUUGAUGUGAUACCCCGAGAGGGACAAGUGGUAGAAAAUAGAAGUUAAUGCGAUGAAUUCAAAUUUGUAAAUUAUUGCCAGAGUGCUUUACUUAAAGGCCUACUGAAUCCCACUACUACCGACCACGCAGUCUGAUAGUUUAUAUAUCAAUGAUGAAAUCUUAACAUUGCAACACAUGCCAAUACAGCCGGGUUAACUUAUAAAGUGCAAUUUUAAAUUUCCCGUCACACUUCCGGUUGAAAACGUCUAUGUAUGAUGACGUAUGCACGUGACGUCAAUGGUUGAUUCGGAAGUAUUCGGACCCAUUGAAUCCAAUACAAAAAGCUCUGUUUUCAUCCCAAAAUUCCACAGUAUUCUGGACAUCUGUGUUGGUGAAUCUUUUGCAAUUUGUUUAAUGAACAAUGAAGACUGCAAAGAAGAAAGUUGUAGGUGGGAUCGGUGUAUUAGCGGCGGACUACAGCAACACAACCAGGAGGAAUUUGAGAUGGAUAGCAGACGCGCUACCCCUCCUCCCACAAAAGAUGUCCUUCAUGAAUUUGGCCUCCUCAGAUCACUGGGCGGCUCACUUCAGUCUGUCUUGAGGUCUCUGUCCAGCUGUACCCCCUUGACUUGGACUCUUCUCAGGUGCAGCGUAUAGGCAAAGUCAACUCAUCAGAAUGCUGUUUGGCUUCUUUUUAUUCUGUGUUGGACUCCUCUGCAACAUAGGAACAUGCGCCGCAGCACAAGCAGAGCUGAGGAUCACAACAAUAAUGCAAGAGCCUUACACAAUGUCCCAAGGCUCCCAGCUGGAAGGGUUCUGCAUGGACCUGCUGUCUGAAGUAGCCAAGAAGGUGGGCUUCAAGUACAAAGUGCACCUGGUUAAAGAUGGCUCCUACGGCAGGCAGGAUGACAACGGGCACUGGAACGGGAUGGUCGGCGAAGUCGUGAGAGGGGAGGCCGACCUGGCCAUCGCGCCGCUGACCCUCACGGCGGCUCGGGAGAAGGCGGUCGGGAUGACCAAACCCUUCAUGCAGACGGGAAUAAGCAUCCUGAUGAGGAAAGACAUCUCCGAGGGAACUGGCUUCUUCGAUUUCCUCGCCCCCUUUUCAGCCAAGACAUGGGCUGGCAUCAUUGUUGCAUACCUGGCAACCGCCGCUUGCCUCUCCAUCGUGUCCAGAGUCAGCCCGUGUGAGUGGCGUCGUCCUCGGAGUGAAGGCAACACCUUCAGCCUUGCCUACAGUCUUUGGUACGCAGUCGGGGCGCUGACCCUGCAAGGUGCCGGUCCGCACCCCCGAGCGCUCUCCGGCCGGGUCGUCUGCUGCAGCUGGUGGUUAGCCGCCGUGGUCAUCCUGGCUUGUUAUUUCUCCAACCUCAGCUCCUCGAAGAGCCCCGAGUCCACUCAGCUGACGGUGAAAGGCUUCCAGGACUUGGCCAAUCAGGAUGUGAUCCAAUAUGGAUGCCUGAGCGCAUCCUCCACUCUGGCCUUCUUCAAGAAUUCCGACAACCCGGUGUAUCGCAGGAUUUAUGAGCACAUGGAGCGAAGUGAAAGUUUUGUGUCGUCCAUGGAUGAAGGCAUCCAGCGGGCAAAAGAGGGCAACUUUGCCUUCAUAGGAGAGUCCGUCUCUCUUGACUUGGCCGUGGCGCGUCACUGUGAUCUGGUCAGAACACAUGAGGUGGUCGGCAUGAGGGGAUACAGCAUAGCUGCCACGCUUGGUUCUCCAAUCCUCAAGAACCUGAGCGUUGCCAUCCUGCAGUUGAGCGAGGCGGGUGAGCUGGCCUAUCUUCAGAGUAAAUGGUGGGCCAGCAGCUGCAUGCUGGACAAAGCCAAGUCCACAGCUGUGCAGCCGCACAGUCUCAAGGGCAUGUUUGUGGUUCUUGCACUGGGCCUGACGUUGGGAGCCCUGCUGGCCGUCCUGGAGCUCUCCUCCCGGAGUCGCAGCAAUGCGGCAGAGCAGAAGACAACUUUCUGCCGGGUCCUGACUGAGGAGCUCAGCUUGCGUUUUAGGAGCAAGAAUGCAAACGGAGCCGAAGAGCCUGCCGACGAUAAAGAUACAGACAAGGCAUAGACGCAUCCUUCAUAUAGCCUCUUUUUUUUCCUCAUUUGACACGACCCCUAACUGUAGUUUUACAUAGCGAACCUUUAUAUAAAAAUAACUGACAUUCACAAUGGUAGUUAAAUAGCAAUUAACAACUCUCACUGAUAUCGCAGUACGCAAACAAGAUUAAAA